AUAUGGGAAUCAAAGACAACUCUUGAUCAGUUCAGUUUUGACCAGUGGGAAUACUCAGCUAGUGCUGAAAAUAGUUGUGCUCCUUUCAUAUGUGAAGAUAUGUCAGUUGCUUCUGAGUUGUCUCAUGAUAACCUUUUAUCAUUUCAGGGAACAGGGAAUCCAAAUCAAGAAUUUGGAUAUGAGAUGUGGAGAUAUCACUGUUAACUUAAGUGAAAAUCUGUUUGCGAAAACCAAACUGAGAUCGGAUGACUUUACCGAGGCUGUUCCAAGUGGAGGUUCUAGACAUGACAUUGCUUCCGGUAAACUAUCCCAGAACAAUAAAUUGUCGUCAAUGUUGAAGAAGCAGAUAAUUUUUUUCCCAGACAAGGUUAAUUUCAGGUUGCCCAAGCUUAACUUGAGAUUCAUGCAUCGGGGUCAAAGGCUUCUUUCUGAGAGUAAUGUUAUGGGCAUCCAUCUGAGAAGUAACAGAUCUCAGGUGUUUGAGGAUUCUGGGGAUAUAACAUCUCACCUUGAUAUUCAAACUGAUAUGACUGAAAUUCAUAUCCUCAAAGAAGAUGACAGUUCUAUCUUGGAGAUUCUGAAAGUUGUUCUCACUGCUUCGGUGGAUGCUCCAAUGCAACUAACUCAACCAAUUAGAUCUGAGAUCGAUGUUAAGCUUGGUGGGACCCAGUGCAAUCUUAUUGUGAACAGAUUGACGCCUUGGCUUAGUCUUGAUUUAUCAAGAAAGAAAGAAAGGUUUAUUCAUGAUGAACAGGAGAAGUGUCAGACAAAUAAAAAUGCUGCUAUAAUGUGGACAUUUACUGUUUCUGCACCAGAGAUGACUGUUGUGCUUUACAGUCUGAAUGAUGUACCGCUCUAUUAUGGGUGCGCACAAUCGUCUCAUCUGUUUGCAAACAAUAUAGCAAGCAAGGGAGUUCAAGUUCAUGCAGAACUCGGUGAAGUACAUUUCUAUAUGGCAGAUGAAUAUCAGAAAUGUCUAAAGCUAGAUUUAUUUGAUUCGGAAGCUAAUUUUGGAUCUUUACUGCAUAUGGCAAGGGUUGGUUUAGAUUGGGGACUUCGGGAGAUGGAAGCACAUGAAGACCAAGAUUCUAACCGGUUGAAAUUAGUUUUUGCUAUUGAUAUAACUGGCAUGGGGUUAUAUUUUGGCUUUAGUCAUAUUGAAUCUCUACUGUUGACUUUGUCCUCCUUUCAGUCAUUCCUCAAAAGUUUACCUAUUUUUCGUAAACGAGAUUUACAUGAUAAGGCUGGGCAUUCAAGAAAAAAUUCUGCAAAUGGGAGUCGAAUCUUAAAACUAAACCUUGAAAAAUGUAAUAUUAAAUAUUGUGGUGAAGUAAAUAUGGAUGAUAUGGUCAUUGCGGACCCCAAGCGUGUGAAUUUUGGUUCACAAGGUGGUGUUGUUAUGAUCAAUGUCUCUGCGGAUGGUACUACUCGCAGGGCAAGCAUCAUUUCAAAUACUACAAGUGGCUGCAAGAAAUUGAAAUUUUGCACAUCUCUAAGCAUCUCUCACGUUAGUGUUUGCUUAAAUAAGGAAAGACGUUCUCUGCAGAUUGAUCUUGAGAGAACUAGGUCUAUUUAUCAGGAAAGUUACAAUGACCAUAUGUAUGGUUCUAAAGUUACUAUAUUUGAUGUGCAACAUGCAAAAUUUGUCCGACGCUCUGGUGGCCUCAGUGAAGUUGCUGUCUGCUCACUUCUCAAUGUGACUGAUAUUUCAAUUAGGUGGGAACCUGAUGUACAUUUGGCAGCUUUUGAAUUUAUGACUGCUGUGAAAUGCUUUUUACAUAAAAUAAGGAAUCAUGGUUCUUGUGAUGGAGUCAAGGAAGAACUCGAUAUCCUAAAAGACAAGGAAGCUGAAAAAGAAAUUGUUUCGGUACAGGCAAAAUCCUAUAAGAAUCAUGCUAAAAGGGAGGCAGUCUUUGCCAUUGAUGUGGAGAAGCUGAAAUUAACUGCUGAGAUUGCAGAUGGUGUUGAAGCAGUUAUUCACGUGCAGUCUAUUUUUUCAGAGAAUGCAAGGAUCGGUGUGUUACUUGAAGAGCUUGUUCUAAGUUUUAAUAAUGCUAAUGUUCUCAAAAGCAGCAGAAUGCAGAUUUCUCGCAUUCCAGUUUCUGCAUCAGGUAAUUUGGCAGAUGCUAAAGUACAGUUGACCUCUUCAUGGGAUACUACUACAUGGGAUUGGGUGAUUCAAGGUCCUGAUCUUCAUAUUUGCAUGCCUUACAGGCUGCAGUUACGUGCUAUUGAGGAUGCAGUGGAGGAUAUGGUGCGUGGCUUGAAAUUAAUCGCUAAUGCCAAGGCUAGUCUCAUGCAUGUGAAAAAAGACAAUUACAGGAAGCCUAAGUCCAAGCCUGCAAAUUUUGGUACUGCUAGAUUUAUCAUUCGCAAGCUAACUGCAGAUAUUGAGGAAGAACCUAUACAAGGAUGGCUCGAUGAACACUAUCAGCUGAUGAAGACUGAGAUUUGUGAGGCAGCUGUCAGAGGUAAGUUUCUUGAUGACAUUCUUGACAUGGGAACCAAUUCUGGAGUUUCUGAAAACAAGGAAUUUUGUUCUGAAAAGAAGCUUUUCCAUGAUGGAGUUGAGAUUGAUAAAUCAAAUGACUUGGCCAUUAAAGACUUAUAUGAAGAUAUUCAAAAGCAGGCAUUUCGAUCUUAUUAUAGAGCAUGCAAGAAAUUAGUACCCUCGGAAGGGUCAGGAGCAUGCACAGAGGGCUUUCAAUCUGGUUUUAAGACAAGCAAGAACAGAGAAUCACUACUAUCUCUCUGUGCUACGGAGUUAGAUGUAACUUUGACCAAAGUUGUUGGAGGGGACGUUGCAAUGGUUGAAUUCAUAAAAAAGAUGGAUCCAGUCAGCUUAGACAAUGACAUACCUUUUUCUCGGACAUAUGGAAGAGAUGUUGAUUUAACUACAGGAUCUUUAGUUGUCCAACUAAGAAAUUACACAUUUCCCCUCUUUUCUGCAACUGCUGGAAAAUGUAAAGGUCGCAUUGUGCUUGCUCAGCAGGCUACUAGUUUCCAACCUCAAGUAGAACAAGAUGUUUACAUUGGAAAAUGGUGGAAGGUGCGUAUGCUCCGUUCAGCCAGUGGGACAACUCCUCCAAUUAAAAUGUACUCAGACCUGCCGAUAUAUUUUAACAAAGCUGAACUUUCCUUUGGGGUGGGGUAUGAACCAAGUUUUGCUGAUAUCAGCUAUGCAUUUACGGUAGCUCUUCGCCGAGCCAACCUUGGCAGUAAGAGUUGGUCAUCCACCACCAAGGAUCAAAAUGUAUCUUUAAGUAAUCCACCCAAAAAAGAACGAAGUUUACCUUGGUGGGAUGAUAUGCGGUAUUAUAUUCAUGGGAGAAUUUGCUUGUUUUUCAUGGAGACCAGAUGGAAUCUGCUAGCAACAACAAAUCCUUAUGAGAAGUUAGAUGAGCUUAAAAUUGUUUCAGCUUACAUGGAGAUCCAGCAGACAGAUGGCCAUCUAUUUUUUUUGGCAAAGGAUUUCAAGAUUUAUUUGAGUAGCCUUGAGAGUCUUGUAAAAAAUUGCAGUUUGAAGCUUCCCAGUGUUUCUGUUCCUUUUCUCCGUUCUCCCGCUUUUUCUCUUGAUGUUUCCAUGGAUUGGGGCUGCGAAUCAGGUUGCCCACUUAAUCAUUACUUGCAUGCAUUUCCAAAGGAAGGGGAACCUCGAAAGAAAGUUUUUGAUCCAUUUCGUUCCACCUCUCUUUCACUAAGGUGGAAUUUUUCUCUCAGACCCUCUCUGCAUUGUUAUGAUGAACAUAGCUCAUCUUCUGCUGUUGCCAAUGGCCUAUUACCAGAUGAACCCUUGCAUGAUUCUUCACAAACGAUGAAAAACAUUGCUGCUAAUUCUCCAACAAUGAACAUAGGCGCUCAUGACUUGGCUUGGUUGUUCAAGUGGUGGAACCUGAACUAUAUUCCUCCUCAUAAACUACGUUCUUUUUCACGGUGGCCACGCUUUCGCGUUUCUAGAGCAGCCAGAUCUGGUAACUUAUCACUGGACAAGGUUAUGACUGAAUUUUUUCUCCGGCUCGAUGCUACACCAUCAUGCAUCAGAUAUAUGCCCCUAAGUGAAGAUGAUCCUGCUAGUGGCCUUACAUUUGAAAUGACUAGGCUUAAGUAUGAACUUUGCUAUAGCCGUGGCAAGCAGUUGUAUACUUUCCACUGUAAACGCGAACCUCUUGAUCUUGUAUAUCAGGGCCUUGACUUACAUCUUCUCAAGGCAUUUCUAUGUACUAACAAUAAACAAGAUGUUCAAUCAACAAAGGGAGCUUCACUGGCACUUUCAACUGAUAAUUUUGGUAAUGAAUAUUUCAUGUAUCCAAGUGGUUCCAGUGGAAAAAAUGGUGACGAUGGUUUUCUCUUAUAUUCUGAUUAUUUUACUAUUCGUAGGCAGGCCCCAAAGGCUGAUCCUGCUAGGCUUUUAGCUUGGCAAGAAGCUGGUAGGAGAAAUCUUGAGAUGACCUACGUGAGGUCUGAGUUUGAAAAUGGGAGUGAAAGUGACCAUACACGGUCUGAUCCUAGUGAUGAUGAUGGAUUCAAUGUUGUAAUUGCCGACAAUUGUAGACGGGUAUUUGUUUAUGGUCUUAAGCUGUUGUGGACUAUUGAAAAUAGAGAUGCUGUUUGGUCGUGGGUUGGAGGCAUAUCGAAAGCAUUCGAACCACAUAAACCAUCUCCUUCCAGGCAGUAUGCACAGAGGAAAUUGUUGGAGGAACAGCAAAGAAAUGAAGGGCCAGGAAUUCCUGGAGAUGACAAUCUUAGGCCAUUGGCAGCAAUCCAUGGUUCGAAUUCUCCCCCCUCUCAGCAUGUUGAGGCCUUAAGUUCACUGUCUUCUGUUUCUGUUUCUACUAAAAUGGACUGUACAACAUCCAACGCUGUUGUGAAUCAUGGACGUAUUGGUGACUCUGAAGAGGACGGGGCACGCCACUUUAUGGUGAAUGUAAUUCAGCCUCAAUUCAACCUUCAUUCAGAGGAAGCUAAUGGUAGGUUUCUUCUCGCUGCUGCCAGUGGCCGUGUCUUGGCGCGUUCUUUCCAUUCUAUUCUUCAUGUUGGGUAUGAGAUGAUUGAACAGGCAUUAGGAACCAGCAGUGCCUCAUUUCCUGAUAUAGAACCUGAGAUGACAUGGAAGCGUGCUGAGCUUUCUGUGAUGCUGGAGCAUGUUCAAGCUCAUGUGGCACCUACUGAUGUUGAUCCUGGUGCUGGCCUGCAGUGGUUGCCAAAAAUUCUUAGGAGCUCACCCAAAGUAAAACGAACUGGUGCUUUACUUGAGAGAGUUUUUAUGCCAUGCCAAAUGUACUUUCGUUACACCAGGCACAAAGGAGGCACGGCAGAGUUGAAGGUUAAGCCUUUAAAGGAGCUCAUCUUCAAUUCUCCUAAUAUUACUGCAACGAUGACAUCACGUCAGUUUCAGGUUAUGUUGGAUGUGCUUAGCAAUCUACUAUUUGCUCGACUUCCCAAACCCCGUAAAAGCAGUCUCUCUUACCCAGCUGAUGAUGAUGAUGAUGUUGAAGAAGAGGCUGAUGAGGUGGUUCCUGAUGGUGUGGAGGAAGUAGAGCUUGCUAGAAUCCAACUUGAACAAAAAGAGAGGGAAAGGAAGUUAUUUCUUGAUGAUAUACGGACUCUGUCGGUUACAAAUGAUAUUGGAGGUGAUUUGACUCUAUUUACAGAUAGAGAUAGUGAUUUAUGGAUGGUGUCUUGUGGAAAACUAAGAUUGAUCCGUGGGCUGAGGAAGGAGCUUGGAAAUGCCCAAAAAUCUAGGAAAGAGGCAUCUUCAGCAUUGAGGAUGGCGCUACAGAAGGCAGCACAAUUGCGAUUAAUGGAGAAGGAAAAGAAUAAAAGCCCUUCCUGUGCUAUGAGAAUUUCCAUGAGAAUUAACAAGGUUGUAUGGAGUAUGCUUGCAGACGGUAAAUCUUUUGCAGAAGCAGAGAUAAAUGACAUGAUCUAUGACUUUGACCGUGAUUACAAGGAUAUUGGUGUUGCUCAGUUUACUACUAAAUCCUUCGUUGUUAGAAAUUGUCUACCAAAUGCCAAAUCAGAUAUGCUGUUGUCUGCCUGGAAUGCACCUCCCGAAUGGGGAAAAAAUGUUAUGCUUCGUGUAAAUGCCAAACAGGGAGCUCCAAAGGAUGGAAGUUCACCACUUGAACUUUUUCAGGUAGAGAUCUAUCCUUUGAAGAUUCAUUUAACGGAAACAAUGUACCGAAUGAUGUGGGGUUACUUCUUCCCGGAAGAAGACCAAGACUCCCAGAGGCGACAGGAGGUAUGGAAAGUUUCAACAACUGCUGGCUCUAGACGAGUAAAAAAAAGUCCAUCUGUCCACGAGGUAAAUCCAUCAAGUAGCCACUGCACUAGAGAAAUUGAAAGUACAGGAAGGCCUGUGAUGGCAGGAUCCCAGGUUAAUGCUAGCACUUCAGUUCAUGGUGAUUCUUCCCAAGUGUCGAAGUUGCAAAGCCUGAAAGCAAAUAUUGUGUGUGGAGCAAAUCCUGAACUUCGCCGUACACCUUCAUAUGACCGAAUGGAUGAAACUUUAGCCGAGUCUAUAACUAAUGAGCCUGUCCUCCCAUUGUAUAGUUUAUGCAUUUCUUCCAAAAGUGGCCAACUGAAUCCUGCACUAGAAUCUCAGCAAGCUAUUACUGAGGAUACAUUUAGGAGUAAAUCAAAAGACCCAAAGCCCAUGAAGCCAGGACGCUUGUCAAAUGAAGAAAAGAAGGUUGGAAAACCUCAUGAUGAGAAGAGAGCUAGGUCCCGGAGAAUGAUGGAGUUCCAUAACAUCAAAAUUAGUCAGGUUGAGUUGCUUGUUACCUAUGAAGGUUCAAGAUUUGCAGUGAAUGACUUGAGGUUGUUGAUGGAUACAUUCCAUCGUGAUGAGUUUAUUGGAACAUGGAGAAGGCUGUUUUCACGUGUUAAGAAACAUAUCAUAUGGGGUGUUUUGAAAUCAGUGACUGGAAUGCAGGGUAAAAAGUUCAAGGAUAAGGUUCAAAGCCAAAGAGAAGGCCAUGUUGGUGUUGUGCCUGAGAGUGAUCUCAAUUUCAGUGACAGUGAUGGUGGCCAACCUGGGAAGUUUGAUCAGUUUCCUGUAUCAUGGCUCAAACGGCCAAGUGAUGGUGCUGGUGAUGGAUUUGUCACUUCAAUAAGGGGCCUUUUCAACUCCCAACGCCGCAAGGCCAAGGCGUUUGUCUUGCGAACCAUGCGAGGGGAGGCAGAGAAUGAGUUCAAUGGUGAGUGGAGUGAGAGUGAUACUGAGUAUCCUUUUGCACGCCAAUUGACCAUUACAAAAGCAAAAAAACUCAUUCGUCGGCACACGAGAAAGUUUCGCUCAAGAGCUCAGAAGAAUUCAGGCUCAGCUUUACAAAUUCGAGAAUCUCAUCCAUCAACCCCAAGGGAGACGACUCCAUUUCAGAGUGACUCAUCUGGUGGAUCAUCUUAUGAGGACUUUAAUGACUAAAUCCCUAAGAAAUCAAAUCCAUUACUGUGUCAAGGAAUUGGAAUAAUCACCAUUGAAUCUUUCUGAUUACUGACAGAGCACCGGGUCUUGAUUCAUCAUUCAGCUAUUGAAAUAGAGAGAUCUGAUUGCUGUUGAUGCAGUGGUUUUUUUUUUUUUUUUCAUUGGAGAAGCUGAAGUCAUUGGAAAAGCAGCCACAGCCACUCAUGUUCUGCUUGAGUUUAAGCAGCUGUGAGGACUUAUAUCUAUAGCAGGUUCUCCACCAGAAGAGUCAUGGCUGGUUCAUCUGUCCAUUCAUAAUGGUCCAUCCAUUGAAUUACUAAGCAGGUUCAUCCAUUUUGUAGCAUCGCAGCUGCUGUACAAAAAUCAAUAAAAUCCUGUAACUAUUGCUUUAUUGUUCAACUAAGAGCUAUUAAGUUAUUUUAUAUUUAAAGUUAUUUCUAGCAGAUUGGUGGGCUUCACUGAUGUGAGAACUUGCUGUAAUUUUCAGUUUGAGUCAAGUCGCAUGGAAUAUCAAAAUUAGGAGAAGUCUGUGAAAAUGCAACUUUAAUUGAAGCCAUACAACUCCUACCAAAGACCAAAAAGGGCCAUAGCUGCAGGAUAAUAAUGCUAGAUUUUAUUUCA